CUGGGAAAUUAACAAACACACAAGAAGCCAAACAGAUCAAGAAGUUAUAGUUCUGCAAAACCUUCACCAAGGCCAGUUUAAUCAUCACCACAGCAAACCGCAUCCCCAAACAGUUCCUUGGUCCAAUCCCAAACGGCAGAUUGUAAUCUAACCAGCAGUUUGUGGGAAUGAUGCUGCAUUAUACUGAACAUCUUGAGGCAGAAGAAGAGAGAGAAAAUUACUCCGGUCCGUACAGCUGGAUAUAAAAGGUACAGGCCGUGAGAUCUGGUUUCACAGAAAGUGCUGCUUCCACUGAGAGGAAACAUGGGUUACUACUUCUACUUCUCCAUUGAGACAUGGACCCUGCUGGUUGCCUUUGUCACACUGCUGCUUGUGUACGGCUACUGGCCUUAUGGGACUUUCAAGAGAUUAGGUAUCUCCGGUCCCAAACCCAUCCCAUUUUUUGGUACAAUGCUGCAUUAUCGAAGGGGUUUCUUCAACUUUGAUCAAGAAUGCUAUAGGAAAUAUGGGAAAAUAUGGGGCAUUUAUGAUGGCCGCCAGCCUGUGCUGUGUAUCACAGAUCCUGAAAUCAUAAAGGCUGUUCUGAUCAAGGAAUGCUACUCUUUCUUCACCAACCGCAGAAAUUUCCGUCUGAAUGGGCCGCUGUAUGAUGCCGUGUCCAUUGCUGAAGAUGACCAAUGGAAGAGGAUCCGCGGUGUCCUUUCUCCCUCCUUCACCUCUGGGAGACUGAAGGAGAUGUUUGAAAUCAUGAAGAAUCAUUCUGCUAACCUGAUCCACAGCAUGAAAAAGAAGGCAGACAAGGACGAACCGUUAGAGCUGAAAGAAUUCUUCGGACCGUACAGUAUGGACGUGGUAACCAGUACGGCCUUCGGUGUAGACAUCAACUCACUGAACAACCCAUCAGACCCGUUUGUGAUGAACAUUAAGAAGAUGUUGAAGUUUGACUUUCUAAACCCCCUCUUCCUCGCUGUCGCUUUCUUCCCAUUCCUUGGUCCCAUACUUGAAAAGUUCGAAUUUUCCUUUUUCCCUAAAUCCGUGACCGACUUCUUUUAUGCUUCUCUGACAAAGAUCAAGUCCAACCGUGAGGCCAGCCAGCAGGCGAGUCGAGUAGAUUUUCUCCAACUGAUGAUUGAUUCCCAAAAGAACAGUGGGGUGCAACAGGAAAAAGGUUUAAAUGACCAUGAGAUCCUCUCCCAAUCCAUGAUUUUCAUUUUUGCUGGUUUUGAAACAAGCAGCAGCUCUCUCACUUUCUUGGCUUACAAUCUGGCUACAAACCCAGAGGUCAUGAAAAAGCUCCAGGAGGAGAUCGAUGCCACCUUCCCCAACAAGGCUCCUGUUCAGUAUCAGUCCCUGAUGGAGAUGGAGUACCUGGACAGUGUCGUCAAUGAGUCUCUCCGGUUGUUCCCCAUUGCUUCACGUCUGGAGCGUGUUGCCAAAGCAUCUGUGGAGAUAAAUGACCUUAUGAUUCCAAAAGGCAUGGUUGUGAUGGUCCCCACAUGGCCUAUCCACCGGGACCCCAAGAUAUGGCCAGAACCAGAGGAAUUCAAACCUGAGAGGUUUAGCAAGAAAAACAAGGAUAACAUUGAUCCAUACACAUACAUGCCUUUUGGGUCAGGGCCAAGGAACUGCAUUGGGAUGAGAUUUGCUCUGUUGGUGAUGAAACUGGCAGUGGUGGAGAUCCUCCAGCAGUACAGCUUCUCUGUUUGUAAAGAGACUGAGAUCCCCUUUGAGCUGGAUGUCCAGGGUCUCCUAGCACCCAAAAGACCCAUCCAACUGAAACUGGUGCCUCGCUCCUUAUCUUCCAGCUAAAGAAACACAAUGACAGAUUGUGAUGUGUUUAUAAUAUCAAGUGUACAUUCCUAUCUUAUAACGUUUUUAAUAAAGAUUUAGCGUUGUAUGUCCCUGUAUCUCUAUAUCCUGAACUGAGUGAUAAAUAAAUUAUUUUAAAAAAUGUC